AUGGUAGCGGAUGCUCGUCUCUUCUUCUUCUUCUUCUUCAGCGGCUCGUCGUCCUUCUGCGCUCCGCCGUCACCGCCGCCUGCAAACCUCCACCGAUCCUAUCCUGUCCGCCGCGGCGCCGCACGAAAGCUGGACAUUGGUGGUGGUGGUGGUGGUGGACGAAGACGUCGUAUCGGUGUCACAUGCCUGGACAGAUUUUCACAGCUUGUGACACGGUACGGUACCUCCUUCGGUGGAGAUCAUACUGCACGUGGAGUCAUGGACCCUGCAUUCGAUCUUUGCCCCGCCAUAUUUUCGACCGAGAUCGCUGACACUUGGAAAUUCUUCUCGCGAAAGUCCAUGAUGGUGAUGAAUGCCUCCCCAUAUGUCCCCAUUUGCUCCGAUUUUGCCUCAUCUGGCGCGAUUAAUGGUGCGAUGGAAACGUACCUCACUCUGUAA